AUGGCCGCCGAGUUCUCCUCCACAAUAGACCAAGCUCUACACGACAAACGCAUCGCCGGCGGAGCAGCAAUCGCAAUCGACAAGUCCGGCCGAGAACUCAUCAGAAAGGAAUUCGGCAAGACGUCCACCAAUCCCUCGGACGCGAAACCAUUCGCCUUCGACACGACGCUGUGGUACGCAAGCUCGACGAAACUCCUCACUUCGAUCUGUGCGCUCCAUUGCGUUGAGCAGGGUCUGUUGAAGCUCGACGAUGAUAUUGCGACGGUUCUGCCGGAGUGGAAGGAUCCUCAGAUCAUCACGGGGUAUGCUGAUGAUGGAUCACCGAUACUUGUGAAAGCAGAGCAAAAAAUUACCCUGCGACGGCUCCUGACUCACUCGAGUGGGAUGGUGUACCCGGAGAUGAACCCUUCGAUCACGCAGUAUCAGGCGGCGAAGAGCAAGGAGCUCGGCUAUGAUGUGGCAAAGGAAGAGAGGAUAUCAGAGUAUUUUAUGAAUCCGCUGAUUUUUGAGCCGGGGAGUAGUUGGGUUUAUGGACCGAGUAUUGACUGGGCUGGGAGAAUGGUUGAAGUUGUGACGGGUAGCAAGCUGGGUGAGUUUAUGGCUAAGCAUAUUUUUGAGCCAUUGGGGAUGCGGUAUUCUACGUUCGAUCCGGUUGGUAAUGAGGAGGUGAUGAGCAGGAUGACGGGACGAGUGGGGAGAAAUGCUGAGACCGGGCUGGUUGGUGAAGAGACUUCUGGGUUGAGGCAGGUCCGGAAAAAGGAGGACCAUCAUGGCGGAAGUGGGAUGUAUUCGUGCGCCAAUGACUACAUUAAGGUUCUGACUUCGUUACUGCUCGAUGAUGGCAAGUUGCUUCCUAGUGGCGGCGCCAUGAUGCAGGAGCUGUUCGCUGGGCAGCUCGAGAGUCCUUCCGGUCUGCACUUUUGGGCAACGCAUCCCAUGUUUGGCGCUUUCUUGACGCCUGGCUAUCCGCGGGAUCCUGAGACGACAGAAUGGAAUCACAGCCUGGGUGGUGCGAUUGUGGCGAAGGAGAUUCCAGGCCAUGCCAGUAAGGGCACAUUGUUCUGGUCAGGCUUACCGAACAAUUACUGGUUUGUUGAUCGGGAAGCUGGGGUCGCUGGAUGUUAUGCUAGCUGGAUCUUGCCUCCAGGUGAUGCACCGACGGGCGAGAUGUUUGGCGCUUUGCAGAGAGCUGCUUUCUGGGAGGCGAAAGGGGGAGUUCUGUAG